CCAACACUCGCUUCCGUGACGUCACUUCCUAGAUGAGGGAGCGGAAGCCGCGCGGCGCCAUGUUGGUAAAGGAGAGGCCCGCCGAAUACUACUCCUCACAAGUCCCGGUCUUGACAGCCCACCCCGGAACUGAAUGUUUAUCCGGAAUCGCUGCAGUAGGAGGGUCUAGAGGCUGAGAGAGAAAGGAGGCCUAAAGCAUGUGCAAGCCAGGUUGUGACAUCAUUAUGGGAAGCAAUAAUGCCUUGUCUAUAAUGUGACUUGACAACUGAAGUUUACACCAAGAUGCCUCAAAACAACAUCAGCGUGGAGCAAACAGCUCAUGGGACCCACCAAAGUUUGCCACACAAAGGUGUGCACAUGACUGGGAUAUAUGAAAAGGAAGGUGAAGCUACCAUGGAGCGGAAGAAGAAAAAGAAGAAAGAGCCAAGACCAGAGUCAAUUAUUAUCUAUCGCACAGGAGGCGAGAAGAUGGAAGAAGACCAGCAUGACCCAGACACCACAGCCAAGAUCACAGAGGAGCAGACUAACUUUCUGUGUCCUCCUAGUGUAGAAGGUGGCUGGAGCAUACCUACUGACAGCAGAUAUGUGACACUAACUGGCACAAUCACCCGUGGCAAGAAGAAGGGGCAGAUGGUGGACAUCCAUGUAACAUUAACUGAGAAAGAGCUCCAGGAACUAGCAAAGUCAAAGGAGCCUCUACAACCUGAAGAAAAAGGCACAAAAAAAGCAUGUGAUGUAGGACUGUAUCAAGGUCCUCAUGUUGUCAUAUGGAGCCUACUGUGUGCUCCAGUGGUCUUUGUGUUGUCCUUUGUCAUGUCCUUUUAUUAUGGGACCAUCACCUGGUAUAACAUUUUCUUGGUUUACAAUGAGGAACGUUCCUUCUGGCAUAAGAUUAUAAUUUGCCCCUUUCUGAUUAUUUUUUACCCACUGCUAAUUGUAGCAAUGUCUGUAUCCCUUGCUGUGUACACAACCGUGACACAGAUAUCAUGGUCAUUUGGUGAGUGGUGGCAAGCAGUGCGAGACUUAGAGAAAGGUUUCUGUGGCUGGUUGUCUGGGAAACUUGGACUGGAGGAUUGUUCCCCAUACAGCAUUGUGGAGCUGCUGGACUCGGACAAUGUUUCAGGUAGUCUGUCCAGUAAGACAGCACCAGCGGGGGAGCAGACAUCUGCUGUCUAGAGAAUGCUGAUCGAGAGAGGAGGAACCUGACUGUAGAAACUGCUUAGGGCUUUGCACUCAACCACUUUUAUCUUUCUUUUCAUUCACUCUGUCCUUGUAAUGUUGCUUGACUUUAUAGUAUUCAGAUGCACGUAACUAAUGUCUACUUUUAGGAAGAAAUUUGAGCUUUUUAGAUCAAGGUACAUAACCACUUUAGACUCAUAUUUCAGCUGAUUCGUGGGAAGCUUGUUUGCUUUUCAUCAAUUCCCAUUAUUACUCAGCUUCUGGCUCUAGAACACCCCAGUAUGAACUAUCACACUCUUUCCUUAAUUAAGGGUCUGACCCUCCUCUGCUGCAAGCAGUUGCAAAUAAUGGUUUCAGGUGAAAUGGGGAAGAAUUACUAUUUAACUUAUUUAUUUAUUUUAAUGUCUGAAGGUGCUGGCCUGUGCCAUAAUGAGCUGGGUACUUGCUGCGAAAAUUGAGCAGCUUAUUUGCAAAUCCUAAAACGCCUUAAAGGUUGAUGGGAAAUGAGCAGGGUUUACUACAGUUUUUUUUUGAAUGAGCUGUGAAUAUACUGCUGAGUAACUGCCCAUGUUAAUUAUAGUUCAACCAUAACUGUAGGCCUAAUUGAAGAGAAAUCACUACUGCUGGGAUAUAGUUUUAUUUCAUGGUUAAAUCAACAAGACAGAGCUAAAGGGAUGUAACUCUCUUAUCCAUAGAUUCUUUACAAACAUAGUUUAACCAUAGACUUUAAUAUUUCAGGAGAUCUUAAGGUCUUGACACACCAUUUAAUGUUUAAAAAAUUAAUCUGAAGGUUAUCACAUUCAGGACACUAGCUAAUCAGUAACAGAACAAAGCUAAUUUAUAUCAUUUCAGUAGAAUCUUCAAUCUUACAUCAUUAAAGCUAUAACUGAGUUUUAUUUGAUAAUGCAACUGAACACCAUUCCAUGUUCAAGAUGUAUAUCAUGCAGAUUGAACUAGGUUAACUUUCCUAUGCUUCAAGUUUGAGCCUUGCAUUAAGCAUACCAUUUGGUGGUCAUGAGUAUGUAACUCCUCAAUUGGUACAAAAUUGUGGAGGGAACAAUUUGUUUAUCUCCUACAGUGCUCUGUUUUCAUGUACAGUUUGGCUACAGCAGAUUGUCACAUUAUGUCAUUCCUGCAUCUUAAUUAACUGCUCUCUUUUGACUUUAAAGCCGGUAAUAUAUCCUUAUGUCUGUACUGAGCUGUCUGAUUUUAUAUUACUGUCAAUGCUCCAAAGAAAACAAUCCCAGUCUAGUCAAUCUUUCUUCUUGAAUAAAGCCCCCUAAACCCCAGAAAACAUCUUGAUAAGUCACCUCUACACCCUCUCCAAUGCAACUGCAUACCUCUAAUAGCAUGGGUCAGAAGUGACACCAUACCAGCUCUUAAACUCUAUGCCUGGUCUGAUAAAGGCAAGUAUGCCAUGCCUUCUUAACCACUCUAUUCACUAGUUCCACUGGCUUAAGAGGUCUGUGAACAUGCACACCAAGGAUCCUUUUAUACUCGACCCUUCUCAGGGUCCUGUUGCUCAUAACAUAAUCCCUUGCCUCAUUUGUCCUGCCCAGCUGCUUUGAUUCACACUAGUCAAGGUUGAAUUCGAUUUGCCUCUGACCAGCCCAUAUGACCAGCCAGUCCCCCUGUAAUCUAAGGGUACCAACGUCACUAUUUACACCCCAGCAUCUAUAGCAUCUUUUGUUAAAUGAUUUGUGGCUGAGCCCAGUACUUUUAAAAUGCUAGCUGCAUGAAAAUUAGUAACAAAAGAUAUGGGGAGUAUUUUUUAUAUGUUCAUAGGAUGUGGGUAUCAUUGACUAGGCUAAUAUUUAUUUGACAUCCCUCACCAUCUUCUAUUCAUCACCAUCAACUGCUGCUGUGUUUGUGUGGGGGUGCUGGUAGUGGUGAUAUCAUUAAAAGCCAACUUGGCAUGUGGCUUGAAAGAUAA